CUUUCCAAAUGGCCAGAACAUCCAAGUCUGGCCAAUCUGAAGACAGGAGCCACGCACCCAAUCCAGAUCUCUCCAGGGUGGCUUUCAAAAACUCACUGCUGGUGAUGUGUCCCCAGGUGUGGGAUGAAUAGGCCGCUUUUGUACCAGAUUCUUCCUAACAGCAACUUUGAGAGACUGGAUUAUGGGCCAGAGAGAAGACCAAGCCUCUUCAACAUGAGCUCUAAGAUCUGUUUAAAUCAUGGAAAACCAAAGACUUCCAGGAGAUACUAGCUACUCUGAUUCCCAAGCUGCCCAUUCAGAGCCUCAGACUACCUCUCCAGGGACUAAAGAUGUGUAUUCAGAUUUCCAGACUGCCUAUUCAAAGCCCCAGGCUGCCCAUCCAGAUACCCAGCUGGCCUAUUCAAAGACUGAGGAUGCCUAUGGAGAAUCCCAGGGUUCCUUCUCAGAGACUGAAGAUGCCUAUGAAGAACCCCAGCUUGCCUAUGCAGAUCUCUACCCUGACUCAGCCGGCUAUGCAGGCACUGGCUCUGCCAGCUUUCCUAUUCAAAAUCAGCCGGGAUGUAGUCUGUCAGAUGAAACUGGAGAGGCAUUAGGGAUGCCAGAACCAUCACGUUCAUUGGACUGUCCACCAGGACUGGAAUGCUUGAGUCAGAUGAAUGAAAUGUUAAUUCUCCAGGACAUUAGACUUCUGGAUGUCUUUGCAAAUUUUUUAACUAAAAACAAGUAUCAAAUGAGGAACAGCCUUGGACAGACGGUUCUCUUUGCAGUGGAAGAUUCUGAGUGGUAUUCACGAAUCACCUGUGGGACAUACAGACCUUUUACCUUGAGGAUUUUCAACAAUAUGGACCAAGAAGUGAUAACUCUGGAGAGACCACUAAGAUGCAGCAAGUGUUGUUUCCCCUGGUUCCUUCAGGAGCUAAAAGUCCAAGCUCCGCCUGGUGUACCAAUAGGUUAUGUUAUGCAGAUCUGGCACCCCCGUCUUCCAAUGUUUAUAAUUCAAAAUGCAAAGAGAAAGAAUGUGCUAAACAUUACUGGCCCGUGUAAUACAUGGAACUGUUGUAAAGCAGUCGAUUUUGAGAUUAAAUCUGUUGAUGAAGAUAGUGUGGUUGGUAAGAUUUCCAAGCAGUCAUCUGGUUUUGUGAAAGAGUUUUUUAUAAAUGCCGGUAACAUUGAGAUCCAGUUCCCUAAAGAUCUCAGCGGAACAAUGAAAGCUGUGGUGCUUGGCGCUUGUUUCCUCAUUGAUUUCAUGUUUUUUGAAGGUAGAGGCUACGUUCAGCAAAUUGUAUUUGCAUAACUGGAUUAUUGUUAAUCUCCACUAAUAAUUGAAGC